UUUACGUCGCUGAUGUAAACACAGAGGACCAUUUUGAUCAGAGAAAUCUAGAGGACAGGGUAGAGUAUCAACUUCUCAUCAAAGCUUUUCUGUUAUCAUCUAUGCAACGCCUUAAACAGUCCUCGCGCCAUGGAUUUCUAUAUCAAUUUGAAGGUGAAUUUCCGAGGGAAUGCGAAGAGUUUCUUGCUGUCUGGCUCAGAGACGAAGAGUUGGGAGUCUAUGGAGGCCAUGGUGAAGAGGUCUUUUGGCCUGUGUAACUUACAAGUGACGUAUUUCGAUGAGGAAAAUGAAGAGGUAUCAAUAAACAGCCAAUUGGAAUAUGAAGAGGCCCUGAAGAGUGCUGCACGACAGGGGAACAGACUGCAAAUGAAUGUGUAUGAGACGAGGUGCAAUAUAUCCAGAGUGCCAGGACCGGGUCCACCACCAGGGCCAGGGAUGGGUAUGGGUCAGGUGAAACCUGUUAGUGUUGGAGAACCUAAGAAGGGAUUCAGGCCUCCUCAGCACUGCCCUACUUUGGCACAAGUGGUGAGUCGCAAAGUUCAAGCUGCUGUGCCAGAGGAAGGAUUGGUAAUUGUAAAUGAAAUCAAAGGUGGGAAAGCAGAGGAUAAGACACCUCCAGCCUGGUUCACGUCAUACAUGGAAAAGUUUAAGGACCAGGUGGUUCGGGAGGCAGUAGAGAAAAUCUGUAGGGAGUUCUCUGGACAAUGUUGCAUCCAUAAGCCGGUGGGAGCAGAGGCACAGAUUCCUGAAGUCACUUCAUCCACUCUACCUGGGGCCCCAAGUUCAGCUCCAGCCUGCAGCAGCUGCCGGGGCCAGACCGCAGGUGGUGGAUACCAAUGCAGUGUGUGUACCUCCUGCACUCUGUGUGAGCCUUGCAGCUUCUCACAUGAUCCAAGCCACAACCUUGUGAGAGCCAGAACUCCGCUGUCCAUUCCUGAGCAUGGCUCUCCAGCACCAGACCACAGCAGGUUCUACAGAAGGGGUGACCGGAGCUUUCGAAAGGCAGAAAAGCAGCGUCUUAAAGCAGAGAAGCGACAGCUUAAAGCGGAGGUGAAGGAGAUCAGGAAGCAGCUGAGGAUGGAGAGAAGAGGACUACAGUGGAGUGCUCCUGGAGAAGGGAACUCUUCACCUGUUCUGCUGCAGCCACGGGCCACACAGGCAAACAGCCCAGAUCGUCCUAAACGCCCAUGCCCACUGGCUGUGCCAGCUAUGACUGCUCUUCUACUGGAUGAAAACCUGCCUGAUGGAUCACGCCUGCGUCCUGGGACCAAAUUCAUCAAAUACUGGAAAAUGAAAAACAGUGGAAGAGCGUGCUGGGACUCGGAGACCAAGUUGAAGUUCAUGUGGGGGAACCUGGCAGUGGGCUCAGCUGAAAGGUGGCGAGAGGUUGCAGUUCCCACACUGCAGCCAGGUCAGGUGGGUGUGGUCAGUGUGGCUCUCUGCACUCCGACGCUAGAGGGCACUUAUACCUCCCACUGGCGCCUGGCACACAGAGGAGAGCAGUUUGGGCCACGUGUGUGGUGUAGCAUUGUGGUGGAUCCUCAUGCUCCUACUGCCAUCUGUGCUGACGGGCUGUUGGUGUCCCCUUGUGUCACCCCGCAGGAAAAGUCUUCUCGCAUACUCGAGAGGCAGGAGAAAUGUCUGGCUGCCUCAAGGGACCAACUGCUCUUGUCCGUGAACCAAGAUUGUGAUCAGGAAUUCUACAUUCCAUCUGUGGAUUUACUCACAGCUCAGGAUUUGCUGUCUUUUGAACUGCUUGACAUCAACAUUGUGCAGGAGCUAGAGAGUGUGCCAAACAACACUCCUGCAGACAUUACUCCAUGCAUAUCACCUUUGCCCCAUGAUGGACCAUUUCAGGAGAAACCAACAUUGGGGCUGAUCCAAAAAGAAACGAAAGUCCAACGAGUCAGCAGCAUCCUGGAUGUGACCCAGAGGACAGAAUUAGAGGGAAUUCCAGCUCAAGAGAAAGGAGAGGAGAGCAUCACUGGGCCUCAGUUUGUGAGUCCAUCUAUGAUCCGCUCACUUUGUGAAGCUGCAGAACAUGGUACACUUUGUGGGAGAUGCCCAGCUAAAGUUGUACGCCCAGCCCCCCAAGGUUCGGUGUCUCUUUGUGAGAGGAAAACAGAGAAAGUUCCAGAAACAGGGUUAAUAUCUGUUCCAGCCCCACUCAGAGUAGAGACAGCACGAGUCUCUGCCCCAGCUCCACCCCAGACAGAGACGGCUGAGAUAUCCGCUCCUGCUCCCCUGCUGAUGAUUCCAACAGAGCUGAAUAGCACAGAUGAGGGUCACGAGUCUGACAUUGAGCAAAUCCUAGUGGAACCUGCAGGUGGGGAACAGGUAGAGGAAGGAGAGGAGGAAGUGGAUAAGAAAGAGGAAGUGAAGAGUGCAGUAGCAGCUAAAGAAACCCGCAGCAGAACUUCAUCUGCAUCCUCAGAAGACUACAUCAUCAUCCUUCCUGAUUGCUUUGACACUAGCCGUCCUCUUGGGGAGUCCAUGUACAGCUCAGCCCUGUCCCAGCCUGGAGAAGAGCCUGCAGAGGGAUUGGUGGGAGUGGAGAAACUGGAAUCAGUGAAGACAGCAGAGCUCCAGAGCCCCAGUGCUGCUACUGCAGAUGCUAAUGACAUGCUCUGUGCCUCACAGACUCUGGACACUGUGCCACUAACUCCUGUGAUUGUAGUGGCACCCCGGCCCUCAGCUAAAUCCUGCACAGAGACACAAGAGCAGAUGGAGAAUGGAGCAGAAGAGCAGGAGGGGAGUGAUCCAAGUGAGCCAGGAGACAAAAAGAGAGAUUCUGAGCCCAAUCAGUCUGACCCAGAGAACUCAUCAGUAUCUGUAAAGUCUGAAACAGAAGAGCUCAGGGCUAAUAGCAUUACAGGUGGAUUAGUGAAAGGUGCCCUAUCUGUGGCAGCAUCUGCCUAUAAAGCUCUUUUUACUGGGCAGACUGGUUCUGAGAAGCUCCCAGAAGACGCAGCUUCUCAUGACGCCAUGAUGGCUGUGCUGGUAGAGAUGGGCUUUGGUGACCGAGCAUUAAAUCAGUGUCUUCUGCAGAAACACAACCACAACCUGCUGGAUGUGGUUAAUGAACUGGUGCAGAUGACUGACAACGACUGGUACACAACACGCUACUGAAAUGCAGAUAAAUUAUUUCUUUCUAUUUCUUUCUUGUUUUUAUUUUUUUAUUUUUUUUUGCUGUUUAUCUUUCUCUGUGCAAUCAGAAGCCCAUUCCAUAAUACAGACUCUCUUAUUCCAUUUGGGUUGUCAAGAUGGUGUGUGGUUUGUAUGUGAAUAUGUCUGCUCCAGUGUGUAAUGGAUAAUCAUUAGAGAACCAGUUCAUCACCAUAAUAACUGUGCUUGUUCAAGUUUGUUGUUAGUGGGCAUUAAUAUUAUCACAAAGAUGAUCAUAGGUAGCUAAGAAACACUAAUGGUGAAGGAUUAUUCCAAAACAAUCCAAAAAUAUGCCAUGCUUCAAAUGAAAACCUAUGAUAUGAUGAUUUGGAAGAAUCGUGUAUUAAACCACAAAUCAUUCUAAUAGUUAUGCAAGUAUUAAAAAAGCUUUGCAAUGUGACUGAUUGUUUAUAAUAUUUAAAAUGGUUUCUGUUCCCAGGAAAAGAGCAGGUAUUGGAAAAGUGCAAUAGAUUUGGCUUUGUGUAGACUAUGUCUUAAUCAUCAGCCAAGACCAAAUAGAGAAAGGCUUCUUAGAAUUAAAAUAACUUGUGUCAUCUUAACAUGGACACAAGAUGACGAAAUUACUCUUAACUGGAGAAGUCAAUGUUAUGUUUAGUGUGUAUGUUUUGUUUGCUGUAAUUAUAAGCUCUUCUUGCUUAUAUGUGGGAAUUAUUAUUAUAUUGAAGACCAUUGACUUGUUUAUGAAAGGUCCACAAAGUAGGGCACAUAUUGCACUAAGUGAAUGCGUUGGCAUUCAUGUCCAUUGUCCCAAAAGAUCAUGGCUUGAAGGCAUUUUAUUUAAACAGUUUAAACGGGACUGAAAUGGACAGUGUUUUGUGUUUUAAUUACGCUUUGAAUGUUUAAGGACAGCAAAGGCAAUCGUAAAAUAUAUUCAACUCCUGGGAAUGUCUCGUCAAUGAAAAUGAUGAGACAUAUAGUUAAAAAGUACUUGUUUGUUUAUUCCAAAACCAGAAAAUUGAAUCAUGCAAAUUAUAUAUAUUUUGAUAAUUAAAUAGCGCUUGUAUUUAGUGUAAUGAAGAAUGUAUCGCAAAGCUUUUCUUCAAUGGGAGAUGUUAAAACUAACUAAUGUCUGGAGUGUGAAAAUUCCCUGUAAAACAUGAAAUUUCCCAAUUUGUUUUAUCAAUGAAGAUAACAUGUUUGAUAAAGUGUUUAUGAUUGUUAAUUGGAUGUACAAGUGGUACAUCCAUAAUUUAACAAUCACCUGCUUGUAUUCCAGUGCUAAGGUUUAUCUGUGUAUAUGUUUUAGCACAUUACUUUACUGCUUCCAUUGGAAAAAUGUAGUUUGGUCUUGGUGCUCGCAGAGGUCAGUAGAGGUUUUAGGUUGAACUGUCUGGACCAUGUGAUUCUUAAAUAUAUUCCAUAGAGACAGACUUGCCUCACUCUGUGUUUGAUUGCUGAAUGGAGUAUUCAUAGUGUCUCUGCUUGUGUUAUUUCAUGAGCCUGCAUCUAAUGUACACAUCUCUCUGUAAUAAAUAUCCUAAUAAUA